UGCAUAACUCGCGGUCUUUUUGGUUUGCCAGUGCGUCUCUCUCAACUUUUCCGCUUAUAAACAACUGCAUCCGUAAAUUUUGAUCUGUCUUUAUCAGGCUUCGAUUGACCGAUCCAUUCCUCCUGAUAUUUUCCAUGGCUGCUGAAGGACAAGAAGGAUCCGCCGAGGUCCGCACCUUGCAUGAUGAUCUUACCCACAUUGGUGGCUUUUCAGUCACAAGGGUGCUAAACGAGGACGUGCGUUCCAAGUCAAUCUUCCUUGAGGGCACCUUUGAAGGGCAAGAAAAACCUGCCGUGGUCAUUCUGCAGAAGAAGCCCUUCCCAAGGGAUGAAAUUGCCAGUUACUUCCGGCACCGGUCCGACGUCCUUGUUGAGAAGACAUUUGUAAACGACAUUUACGGGCAGUACGUCUCCUACCCUGAUGACAUAUGUUUCACAGGAGUCCAAACUACCAUCAUUCACCCUGCCACUGAGAAGCACAUUGCCAAGUACGAAGUUCACAAGAGCUUCUUUGUUGAGGAAACUCCGGAAAUCUACCGAGACAUUGUGCUUCCUCACCUGCAGGAGAGAGGCUUCAGCUUGCAGUGGGUUUCUAACAUCUUAGACCACACUGCUGAAGCUGAAAGGAUUGUCUUUGAGGACAGUGACCCCGAGAAGGGCUUCAUCCUUCUCCCUGAUCUGAAGUGGGAUGGCACAACUUUGCAGACCCUCUAUCUGCUUGUCAUUGUCAGGGACACUGGCAUCAGGUCCCUGAGGGAUCUUCGUGGAAAACACAUUCCUCUGCUGGAGAACAUCCUCAGCAAGGCAUCUGAAACCAUUUCCGAGAAGUACGGGCUGCCUCGCAACUGCCAGAUUGCUUACUUCCACUACAGACCUACCUUCGAGCACCUGCACGUCCACAUCAAGGCCAUUGGCUUUGAUGCCCCUGGCACCCAGGUUGGUCGAGCCCACUUGCUGACGGAUGUCAUCACCAACCUCAAAGCGUCUUCGGACUACUAUGCUGGAGCCACACUUGGCUACACCCUGUCAGAGGUCGACUCCCUGGCCUCUGCACUCGGUCUGCAUUGAAAUCAGACCCAGGCUGGCCGUCUGCCAGAUCCACUUACGUGGAUUCAACCUGGACAAAAUUAAAGUCCAGGUUGUUAGCCCAGAGCAGCUAAAUUUCAUGACUGAAGACAUGAAAUUUGAUUUGUUUGUGCCUUGCGCCAACCUAUCACUGCUCUUGGCUCCAGUCUUGCCUUCGGUCUACCACAAUGGUGCCGUUGUAAGACUCAGGACUAAUUCUGGUCUUACCAAGCCAGAAUUGUCUUCCUAUCAUCGGACGACUUCGAACUUGCUGCCCCCUCUUGCAGCUGGUUCGUACGACCUGCAUUGCCGAUUGUGCGACCACUGCUUGCAGACCGGCAUGAAGUUCAGUCGUGUUUUGGAGCAGCCGCCCGACAAUGUCGAGUUUUUCUGUCAUGCUCAUGAUGGACUUAGGGCUCAACCCCGAAGUGAUGAUUUACUCUUUGGCCCUGCUCAUUGGUCAGUUCAAAGAGCAGCCGAAAGCUGUGACCACUGUGGUCACCGCCUAGGCUUUACUCAAGGCGGCCGAACCAGCCUGUGGCGAUUUGCAAUUCUAUGGAAAAAUUCAGGAAUUCACUCUGACAACCUCAACUACACCUCUGCACUGCUAACUGAUUUUAUCAGCAUGUUGACCUCAGAAUGCUCAGGUCAACCAAUUUGCUCUGUAACUCUAUUGGCCGUGGACGACCCGACACACCCGGUAAUUCCUCUGCAAGUCUUCACGGCCCCUCUUCUUGUCUCCGUCACAACCUCCCCAGGGACAAUGCCCACUCCCCGUGAGGCCUUAAGCGUAUUGACCAAACAACCUCUUGACGAUAUGGCUGUCAGUUUGCCCAUGCCCAGAGUUGUCUUGCAAAGGGGCAUGGAAGAGCUCACAGCCAAUGAAGCACUGCUCGCCACCGAAAAUCUGAGUUUUCUCUACAUUUGAGGUUAGCGGUGAGUGAAACGUCUUCUAAUUUUUCUUGUAGUUCUAUUUUUACAAAUAAAUACUAAUAUGGGAAUCAAUACACAAUCACAUGAAAAUU